AUGGAGGACCUUAGCCAGGACAGCUGCGGAGGGGAGGACGCGGCGCCGGGCGCCAAGGGGUGGCCGGCACCCCAGGCGAGGGUGCACUUCCGUGUGACAAGGUUCAUCAUGGAGGCAGGUGUCAAACUAGGGAUGCAGUCCAUUCCCGUCGCCACCGCCUGUACCAUUUACCAUAAGUUCUUCUGCGAGACCAACGUGGACGCCUAUGACCCCUACUUGGUCGCCAUGUCUUCCCUUUACUUGGCUGGCAAGGUGGAAGAACAGCCCUUGCGAACGCGUGACAUCAUCAACGUGUCCAACAGGUACUUCCACCCGGGCAGCGAGCCCUUGGAGCUGGACUCCCGAUUCUGGGUGAUCCGGGACAGCAUCGUGCAGUGUGAGCUCCUUGUGCUGCGGGUCCUGCGCUUCCAAGUCUCCUUUCACCACCCACACAAGUACCUGCUCCACUACCUGAUUUCUCUCAAGAACUGGCUGAAUCGUUACAGCUGGCAACGGACCCCCAUCUCCGUCACUGCCUGGGCCCUGCUGCGAGACAGCUACCACGGGGGGCUGUGCCUCCGGUUCCAGGCUCAGCACAUAGCCGUGGCGGUGCUCCACCUGGCCCUGCAGGUCUAUGGGGUCGAGGUGCCCGCCGAGGCCGAGGCCGAGAAGCCAUGGUGGCAGGUGUUUAGUGAAGACCUUACCAAGCCAAUCAUUGAUAACAUUGUGUCUGAUCUCAUUCAGAUUUAUACCAUGGACACAGAGAUCCCUUAA